AGGGGUCUGAGGGGGGUGGGUAGAACAGAGCUUGCGGGCUCCAGCCGGGAGCAGAGCGGAAGAAGGGGCCUUGGAUCCAGGGGGGAUCUCUGGCCUUCCCUGCAUCCCUCCAGCCCAUUCCUGCCCCCUCCAGCUGCGGGGUCCCACCCUGACCUCCUGCAGCUUCCCCCUUCUAGAAGCUUCUCUACCUGUGCCCACCCCCCUCCCCUGCCUCCCUCUCCCCAGCCUUAUCUCUGGAACCCACUGGCCGGCUUGGGUGGUGCAGAGGGCAGCCUGGACAGCCUGAGAAAUGGGAGGCAUGGGCGGUGGGGGCAGAAUGCCCAGGGGACCGUCCGUGGUCCUCUGUGUGGGCGGCGGGGCCCUCUCCCCGACUUCCUCCCCACCAGUGCCAACUGUGGGAUUUGGGAAAAGGCUUCGUCAGGGGUUGGCCCGCUGCCUCGCAUCCCUCUGGCUGAAGGCUGGGUCCCCCUCUCCCCUCCCCCCCGGGGGGGGGACAGGAAAGCUGGGAGUGAGUCGGCUCUGGCUGAAUGGCUCAGCGCUCUGCCAAUGGCCACGGCUCCGCGGGUUUAAAAGAGCUGGCGGGGGGCAGAGGCCAGGAGACCCACAGACCCACAGACCCCGGGACAGACGCACAGAUCCGGCCGGGAGGAGGCAGACAGACAGACAAAGGCACAGCGGGGGGGACGCGGAGCUGGGGCAAAGCCAGAGCCGAAGGGUGUCCAGGGGACUUCAGAGGAGACCGGGGAGACCCCCAGGUCCCCAGGAGGGGCCGUGAGAGCCAGCACGGAGCCCAACUUUCUCCCCGACCCCCCUGGGAGCCCCCAGCUCAUCUGAAGUGAGCUGCGGACCCGGCACUAUCCUCAGCCCCCCGCACCCCUCCCCGCUGCAGACAUCCGGGCCGGGUGCAGGCACAUCCCCAGCCCCAGGCCCAUGUCCCGGGCCGCCCCGUGUCCCGCGCCGCGGUGGCUGCCGCUGCUGGCGGCCGCCCUGCCCCUCGCCCGGCUGUCGGGCCCCGCCGUCCCGGAGGAGGAGGUCGUGUUCCCCCGGGCGCUCAAUGGCAGUGUGUGGCCGGGCCGGGGCGCCCCUGCGCGGCUGCACUGCCUCCUGCCGGCCUUCGGGAAGACGCUGCUGCUGGAGCUGGAGCAGGACGCGGCCGUGCGGGCCGAGGGGCUGACGGUGCAGUACCUGGGCCGGGCGCCCGCACCCCUGGGCGGCGCCGAACCCGGUACCUACCUCACGGGCACCGUCAACGGUGACCCCGAGUCCGUGGCCUCCCUGCACUGGGAUGGCCGGGCCCUCCUGGGGGUGCUGCAGUACCGGGGCGCAGAGCUGCACCUCCAGCCCCUGGAGGGGGGCGCCCCCAACUCGGCCGGGGGGCCCGGCGCUCACGUCCUGCGCCGGAAGCGGCCGACCAGCGACCAAGGCCCCAUGUGCAACGUCAAGGGGCCCCCCGGGCCCCCCAGCCCCGGACCCCGAAGGGCCAAGCGCUUCGCUUCGCUGAGCAGGUUCGUGGAGACCCUGGUGGUGGCAGACGCCAAGAUGACUGCGUUCCACGGGGCGGGCCUGAAGCGGUACUUGCUGACCGUGCUGGCGGCCGCCGCCAAGGCCUUCACGCACCCGACCAUCCGCAAUCCGGUCAGCCUGGUGGUCACCCGCCUGGUGGUGCUGGGCCCGGGCGAAGAGGGCCCGCAGGUGGGGCCCAGCGCCGCCCAGACGCUGCGCAGCUUCUGCGCCUGGCAGCGGGGCCUUAACACCGCCAACGACUCGGACCCAGAGCACUUCGACACAGCCAUCCUGUUCACGCGGCAGGACCUGUGCGGGGCGUCCACCUGUGACACCUUGGGCAUGGCAGACGUGGGCACCGUGUGCGACCCUGCACGGAGUUGCGCCGUGGUGGAGGACGACGGGCUGCAGUCGGCCUUCACCGCUGCCCACGAGCUGGGCCAUGUCUUCAGCAUGCUGCAUGACAACUCCAAACCCUGUCUCGCGCUCAAUGGGCCCGGGGGUGCCUCCCGCCACGUCAUGGCCCCAGUGAUGGCCCAUGUGGACCCCGAGGAGCCCUGGUCACCCUGCAGCGCCCGCUUUGUCACCGACUUCCUGGACAAUGGCUAUGGCCACUGCCUCCUGGACAAGCCGGAGGCGCCUCUGCACCUGCCCGCGACCUUCCCGGGCAAGGACUACAGUGCUGACCGACAGUGCCAGCUGACCUUCGGGCCUGACUCCCACCACUGCCCACAGCUGCCUCCGCCCUGUGCUGCCCUCUGGUGCUCGGGACACAUCAACGGACAGGCCAUGUGCCAGACCAAGCACUCGCCCUGGGCCGACGGCACCCCCUGCGGGCCGAACCAGGCCUGCAUGGGGGGGCGCUGCCUGCAGGGACACCAGCUCCAGGACUUCAAGAUCCCGCAGGCUGGGGGCUGGGGCACCUGGGGCCCCUGGGGCGACUGCUCGAGGACCUGCGGGGGUGGUGUCCAGUUCUCCUCCCGGGACUGCACGAGGCCGGUGCCCCGCAACGGGGGCAAAUACUGUGAGGGUCGUCGCACGCGCUUCCGGUCCUGCCACACACAGGACUGCCCCUCAGGUUCAGCCCUGACCUUCCGCGAGGAGCAGUGCGCCGCCUACAACCUGCGCAGCGACCUGUUCAAGAGCUUCCCGGGGCCCAUGGACUGGGUGCCCCGCUACACGGGCGUGGCCGCCCGGGACCAGUGCAAGCUGACCUGCCAAGCGCGAGCCCUGGGCUACUACUACGUGCUGCAGCCCCGGGUGGUGGACGGCACGCCCUGCUCCCCCGAGAGCUCGUCCGUGUGCGUGCAGGGCCGCUGCAUCCACGCCGGCUGUGACCGCGUCAUCGGCUCCAGGAAGAAGUUCGACAAGUGCAUGGUGUGCGGCGGCGACGGCGCGGGCUGCGCCAAGCACGCGGGCUCCUUCCGCAAGUUCAGGCCCGGCUACACGGACGUGGUGACGCUGCCCGCGGGGGCCACCCACGUGCUGGUGCGGCUGCAUGGUGGCCCCGGGCCCCGGGGGGUCUUCCUGGCGCUGCGGCGGCCCGACGGCUCAUACGCGCUCAACGGAGCGUCGGCGCUGCAGCCCGGGCCCGCCGACGUGCCGCUGCCCGGGCCGGCGCGGCUGCGCUACAGCGGGGCGGCCGCGGCCCCGGAGACGCUGGCCGGCCACGGGCCGCUGGCGGAGCCGCUGACGCUGCAGGCGCUGCUGGCUGGAGACCCCCGGGGCGCGCGCCUGCGCUACAGCUUCUUUGCGCCGCGCCCGCCCCCCGCGCCCCCGCGCCCCGAGCGCCCGGACUGGCUGGAGCGCAAGGCGCAGAUCCUGGAGGCGCUGCGACGGCGCAGGCGGCCCCAGUGACCCGCGGGCCGCACCGUACUGAACUGGACGCGGGACGGGAGGCGCCCUGCGCGCGGGCUGGGCGGGCUGGCCCUGCCCCCGCGGCCCCGACCGAGGCGCUGGGCUCGGGGAAGCCCGUCCUGAGGUCUCUCCCCGCUGGCCACGGGGAGGCGGGCAGGCCCGGUAUUUAUUUCCUAUUUAUUCUCCUUAGUUUACACCGGGGCAGCGGGGAGGGUGCGGCCGGUCCUGGGAGACGGAGCCCGGCUUGGAGCCUGCCACAUACAGGGACACUUCAGGGCAGUGGGCAGAAGGGGGAAAUGUGAGUGUUAGAGUGUAUAUGCAUGCGUGCGCGUGUGUGCAUGUGUGUGUAUGCCUGCGUGCAUAUGUGUGAGUGUACGUGAGUGCAUGUGUGUGAGUGUAUGUGUGCUUGUUAGUGCAUGUGUGUAUGCAUGUGUGUGCAUGUGCUUGUGUAUGUGUAUAUAUCUGAGCAUGUAUGUGUGCAUGUAUGUAUGAGUACACAUGCAUGUGUGUGCACACAUGUAUGAGUGUAUAUGUGCAUGUGAUGAAUAUGUGCCUGUGUAUAAGUGUAUGUGUGCAUGUAUGUGCACAUGUAUGAGUGUGUAUGUGUGCAUGUGUAUGAGUGUAUAUGUGCAUGUGAUGAGUCUGCACAUGUGAGUGUAUAUGUGAGUACAUGUGUGUGAGAGUGCAUUUGAGUGUAUAUGUGUGUGCAUGUUCUUGUGUAUGAGUAUGUAUGUGCGCGUAUGUGUAUGUGUAUGAGUGUAUGUGUGUGUGCACGUAUAUGAGUGUGUGCAUGUGAUAAGUCUGCACGUGUAUGAGUGCAUGCAUGUGAGUAUGUGUACAUGUAUGAGUGUAUAUAUGCAUGUGUGCAUGUGAUGAGUGUGCACAUGUGUGUGUAUGUGUGCAUGUAUUUGAGUAUAUGUAUGCAAGUGUAUGAGCGUGUGUGUGUUCAUGUGUACGAGUGUGUGUGUCACACGGGCACUGUUCACCUGUGGAGCCUCUGUUUCUGGGAGGGGCCAGGCUCAGCGGCAGGGAGGAGGCAGUGCCUGGACGUGGACAGUGCUCCAGGAUUCAGUGCUGCCCUGGGCCCUUCUGCCCUCUGGCACACUGGCUUCCCUGCCCGCGGGGAGGCGCCCAGGCUUGGCUGGCUCCAGGAUGCCCUGGGACAUCAGGGAGAGACAGAAUAAGGCGGGGGAGCAGGCGAGAAGGGGCCCGUGUGGGGGGCUGGGAGCUGCACUGGGCAUGGCGAAUCCAAGCUCUCCACACCCGGGGCCGGAGCCUUGGCCUCUUGUCCCGGCCACAGUCACGUGUGUUUGGCACCUGCCCUGAAGCCACCUCUGCAGAGAGGACAGCCCUGAGCCAUGACACACCCCCGCAGGCCUCAGGCAGGGCCACUUGAGGUGGCUGCGGGCCACAGGCUCACCUCAUCUGUCUCGCUUCCCUGGGCGGAACGCGUGCUCGGGGGAAACCCGGAUCCAGCCCAGAGCACUCGCAGCUGAGCCUCUGAAGCAAAGCGGGGUUACCCGGGCGUGUUUGGGGCUGGGGAUGCAGGAGGAGGGAGGCACAUCACACUGGGAAUGCGCACCCCAGAAUCUGCCCUCUGAGGUCAUGAAAGGGGGAACAGGGUAGGCACCCCGGCACUGGGCAUCUCGGAGUCUUCCCCUCUCGAUGUGUCACCCCAUGGGGGGGUGUGGGGGAUACACGUGCUCCUCACGCCAAGAGGAAGCCGGGACAGUAAUAAAGAAAGCAAACCUCUCUGA